UCCGUUACCCGUAAGUUAAAGAAUGAGCCAGUGAGAGAAAAGGACUGCGAAUCCCAUAGAAGAAUUUGUUUUAAAUACCUCAAAUGAUGUGCAUUUGAAAGCAUUUCGAGACUUUGUACGUGCGUUCAAGUUUUGUACGGUUGUUACGCGUAGUUCAAGACCUUCGGGAGUUGUUUAUCUAUGUUUAAUAACUGAUUAAUGUGAGGCUCAUCCGCUAGUCGGUUAGCAAAGCGCCCUUGCCGCUGCGAUGAUGGAAACUUGAGCAGCUCAAAGCAAACACUCAUCCAGCUCUCCAGACCAUCCAAACACAGGACCCCUGUGCCAGGCAACAAAAUGCAGACCAUAAAGUGUGUAGUUGUUGGCGAUGGUGCAGUGGGAAAGACCUGCCUGUUGAUCUCCUACACUACUAACGCCUUCCCAGACGAGUACAUUCCUACGGUUUUUGACAACUACAGCACUCAGACCUGUGUGGACGGCCGUGCCGUCAGCCUCAACCUGUGGGACACGGCCGGUCAGGAGGAGUACGACCGCCUGCGAACCCUGUCCUACCCGCAGACGCACGUCUUCAUCAUCUGUUUCUCUGUGGCCAGCCCUUCCUCUCACGCCAACGUCCGGCAUAAAUGGCACCCGGAGGUGUGCCACCACUGUCCCGGCGUGCCUGUGUUGCUGGUAGGCACUAAGAGAGACCUGCGGGGGGACAAGGAGACCCUGGAGAAGCUGAAAGAGCAGGGGAUGAGUCCAACCACUCCGCAGCAGGGCAGCGCGUUGGCCCGCAGCAUUGGUGCGGUGCGAUAUCUGGAGUGCUCGGCCCUUCUGCAAGAGGGGGUCAGAGAGGUCUUUAACGAAGCAGUCAGGGCCGUUCUCUACCCUAAUGCCAAAAAGCACACUAAGAAAUGUGUGCUGUUAUAACUACGUGAGGGUGUGUGCGUGAGAGAGAUUUUAUGAAGGGUGGAAUGUAAGUUAGUCAUGUGAUCGUCUCUGCAAAUGUGUGUUGCUACCACUUUUAGUUUCGUAUCUCUACACUACAGUUAGCAAUAGGUGCACAGACUGUUAAUGAGGAAGACUGAGACUGUGUGUGCUUGUGUAUUUGUGUGUAACUAUAAGUACAUAUCACCUAAGACAUAAAUAAUCUAAAGUCAGGCAGACCAAGACCAAGUAGAUUUGCCUGAAGGACUACAGGCAUCGAUGACUUCUGCCUCCCAAUAAGGCCUUAAAAACCCCAGCAUAUUUUUAGAAAUCACUCAGAGGAUAUUUCAUGCACCAAAGUGUAAAUUCAGUCUAAGUUCAGACUGGAUGUCUUAUGAAGGUGCUGUCUUUCCCAUACCGCAUCGUUAACACUAUUCACUU